UGCGGCGCGGUUGCGUGGUGACGCAGCGGCGCGCUGACGUGUGCGGCGCAGCCAUGGCGCCGCGGCGGCCGGCCGAGCUGUACCGGGCGCCGUUCCCUCUUUACACCGUCCGCCUCCACCCGCGGCGGGCCCUUGCUAUCACCGCCGGCGGCGGCGGCGCCGCCAAGACCGGCAUCCGCAAUGGCGUGCACUUCCUGCAGCUGGAGCAGAUCGGGGGGCAGCUCAGCGCCUCGCUGCUGCACUCCCACGACACCGAGACCCGCGCCACCAUGACCAUGGCGUUGGCCGACGACAUCAUCGCGGCGGGGCAGGAUGCCGACUGCCACAUCCUGCGCUUCAGCCUGCAGGCGCCCGAGGCCCGGCGCGGCUCCGACGGCCGCAACGGCAGUGGGGAGAAGGGGCCGCGGAGGAGGAAGGGCCCCAGCCCGACGGGGCAGGGCGACACGCAGAGCCAGAGCAGCGAGGUGACGGUGGAGAGCCUGCACAGCGUCCGCACCGACUUCAGCCCCGAUGCCCUGCAGAAGGCCGUCCGCUUCAACGCCGACUGCUCCCUGCUCGUCACCGGUGGUGCCGAUGGCUUCCUCCGCCUCUGGGAGUUCCCCAGCAUGAAGAAGACGCUGGAGUUCAAAGCCCAUGACGGGGAGAUCGAAGACAUCGCGCUGGGCCCGGACAACAAGGUGGUGACAGCGGGACGGGACUUCCAGUGCUGCGUGUGGCAGCAGGACCAGCUGGUGACGGGGCUGCGCUGGAACGAGAACCUGCCCGGCAUCCCCGACAAGGCGUACCGCUACCAGGCCUGCCGGUUUGGGGCGGUGGAGGACAACGCCGGGGCCCUACGGCUCUACACGGUGCAGGUGCCCCACAAGCGGGAGCGUCGCCCCCCACCCUGCUACCUGACCAAGUGGGACGGGAAGAGCUUCCUUCCGCUGCUGACCCGGCCCUGCGGCACCGAGGUCGUCUCCUGCCUCUCCAUCAGCGACUCGGGCACCUUCCUGGGGCUGGGCACGGUGACGGGCUCCGUCGCCAUCCACAUCGCCUUCUCGCUGCAGAGGCUGUACUACGUGAAGGAGGCGCACGGCAUCGUGGUGACGGACGUGGCCUUCGUCCCCGAGAGCCGGCGCGGGCGCGAGCUGCUGGCGGGGAACGAGGCCGCCCUGCUCAGCGUGGCCGUCGACAGCCGCUGCAAGCUGCACCUGCUGCCCAGCCGACGCUCCCUUCCUGUCUGGCUGCUGCUGCUGCUCUGCGCUGGGCUCAUCGUGGCCGCCAUCCUGCUGCUGCAGCUCGCCUUCCCUGGCUUCCUCUAGCCCCCCAGCCCCCCCCAGCCAGGACGGACCCCCCAGGCCUGCCGCUGCCGUGCCUCGGGCCCCCCCAGCAGACUGUGAAGCAGACAAGGGACCAGCCCGGCCAUGGCCGGGGAGCGGAUUGGGGGGGCUGGGAGCCAUUGGGGGGGG